GAACACUCUAGGAUUAGGAGAGCUCAGAGCUGGGCAGCUCCUCAGACUACCUGUCACAAGGGGUCAUCUAGCACCAUCAGGGCGUGAAGACCGAGGGUGGCUUGGAUUUUUUCCUCUCUCCCUGCCCCGCCCACCUAUCCUCCCUUCUCUCGGAUCCCCAGCAGAACCCUGAGCGUCCUCCUCUAGCCCUAGCCUCUCAGAACCUCCUGGGGAUUAAAGAACCAGACGGACAAACAGAAGAGAAAUUUCCCCCUCCGACGAGCAGCCCUGGUGUGUCUUCGAGGGCCGGGGCUACGCCAUUCCAAAGCUCUGACAGCGAGAACCUUUGGGCAAGGCAGAUGAAACUGGAGCUCCCGGGGUGCCGACGAACCCAGUUAGAGCGGAGAGCUGUAUCGUGGCGAGGUGUCAUCGGAAAGCAUGGAGCAUUCCCGCCUAUAUGCUGAACUCCGAGGCUAAACCUUGAGAGAAAAGAACAGACGGAAGGGAAUCGAGAUUGGAGUUCAGGAGGAGGUGAGGAGGUACUGUCCGCGGUUCUGAACUAGGUUUUACUGGCCCGACGUAGAGAAAAUUUCCGAUUUGCUGAACCUCUCCUUAGAAGUAAGAACCAAUCCCUGAGGGGGUGGGAGGAUUUGGGGGUGGUGGGGGAGGCAGAGGGGCUGCUGCCUUUGAAAAGAGCCGGAAGCUGCACCAAUGUGUUGAAACCUACCUCAAAAAGUGUUCCCAGCAAUCCAACUGUCUGAGCUUUUCUCCUAAGGGAGUUCAUCCUUGGAGGUUUCCUCGAAAGAAGGGGUGCAGUCCUUGUCGAAGAGAAACGCUUUAUCAGGCCGGAGUCUGAGAAAAAUGCCUGCUCUCAGUAGCUUGUUUUCUCUGGCUUCCCUCAUGCUCAUCUGCUGGGUGCAUGUUUGUUUUCCAGUCUGCGUGGAAGUUCCUUCUGAGACAGAAGCAGUCCAGGGCAAACAGAUGAAACUCCGGUGCAUCUCCUGCAUGAAGAGAGAAGAAGUGACAGCCAGUACUGUGGUGGAAUGGUUUUACAGGCCGGAGGGCGGUAAAGAUUUCCUUAUCUAUGAGUUCAGAAAUGGUCACCAGGAAGUCGAAAGUCCCUUCCAAGGCCGCCUGCAGUGGAAUGGGAGCAAAGACCUGCAGGAUGUCUCCCUCACCGUGCUCAAUGUUACCCUGAAUGACUCCGGUAUCUACACCUGCAAUGUCUCCCGGGAGUUUGAAUUUGACUCACAUCGUCCCUUUGUGAAGACCACAAGGCUCAUCCCCCUCAAAGUCACUGAGGAAGCUGGAGAGGACUUCACCUCGGUGGUCUCAGAAAUCAUGAUGUACAUCCUUCUGGUCUUCCUCACAUUGUGGCUACUCAUCGAGAUGAUUUAUUGUUACAGGAAGGUUUCCAAGGCUGAGGAGGCAGCUCAAGAAAAUGCAUGCGCAAACUAAGGCCUAAAGAAGUUCAACGCUAUGGCACAUUGGUAGCAAGUAUCUGAGAUUGGGACUUGAACCUGAAGGCUCUGACUCUAGAGUUGGUGUUCUUUCUACUGUGCCCCGUUGCCUUCUAUGGCUGCUUGAAUCAAAGAGAAUUUAUGUUACAACCUCUCAUAUGUGCUAAUUCAACUCAAUCAAAUCUUGGGCAAUUUUUUUAGAGCAGACAAAGUUUCCUGGUAUUAUAGGUGUGAGAAUUGAGUUUUGCAGAUAAGGAAAGUGAGACUCAGAGAGACUUCAAGAUUUACAGAAGCCCUGAUAACUGUGUCAGAGGUAGAAUGAAGUCUCAUAUCUUCCUGACUCCAGAAAGGUUCAUCAUGGUGUAGUGUAGAGUGUUGGACCUGGAAUCAGGAAACCAGGGCUUAACUUCUACCUCUGACACUUAGCAGCCAUAUGACCAUGUGAAAAUCACUUAGACCCUCUGAACUUCUCUUUCCUCAUCUGUAAAAUGGGGAUAAUAAGAUCUAUAGUACCUACCUCCCAAGGUUAAUUUUUUUUUGGUGAAGAUUCAAAUGAAAUAACCUAUGUAAAACCCUUUAUAAACCUUAAAGCUCUGUAUAAAUAUUAGUUAUUAAUAUUAUUGAUGGUAUGGAUUUUGUGAGGUCAGUGAAUGUUUAUUGGACUUUGGGAUGGAUUUGGCUACUUAUGUGGAUGUGUUGGGCAUUCAGGGCUCACAAUACUUCAGAAGAAUGCAGCCACACAAGGAAGGCCUGAUUUAAUGGGAACUUCGGGUGGGAGUAGAGGACUACCUAGUUUUCCCAUUGUGACCCGCUCGGUGAAGCUCUCUAUUCUUCAUUCCCUCCUAGAGAUAGCAUUACCCUCCAGAAUAAUGCAAAGCACCAGCUUAAAAUGAGUCAGUGUAAAUGAACUUGCAGUAUCAGACUUACUAUAUUAACCUACAUUUGUUUUUUCUUACCUUUCUUAAGUUAAGAGAGGGGAUUGCAGUUUUUCAUUUAAAAGGCUUCCCCCUUGUCUACAUUUGAAAGGAAAAGUAUAGGAGAUAAUGAGUAGUAUUAAUUAGUACCUUUCUAAUCUAUUUUCCUUUCCAUGAUGAUGUCUUUAAGAAUUUGAAAGCAAGAUUCCCUUCCUCCCCAACUAGAUAUUAAGCAAUACAUAUAAGCUUCAUGGAUAAUCUAGAGUUGACAGUUGAUCAUUCUGAAGUUAACAGUUCAUGGAUGCUGUGACCUAUCUCAAAAAUAAGGGCGACAAGAUUCUGACUCUUUUCCAUUAAUCCUUUUGGAACACCACUGGAAAACCCAAGGAGGACUGGCCAAGUGAUCUUGGCAGACAAUGUGCACGGAUGAGCUCAUGUUUGGAAAGUUGCCAACCAGAAUAUGAUAACAAAAUCAUAGGCCUUUAAAAUUCAAAAGGACCCUAGCUAUCGCCAGGUUCAAUCCCUUCACUUUACAGAUGAGGAAAUUGAGAUCCAGAAAGGUGAAGGGACUUGCCCAUGGUUACAUCUCUAGUAAAUGACCCACCUGGUGACUAUUAGCCUGGUGCUCUAAGGGCAGGUGGGGAACCUGCCCAUCAGAGAGAAGCUUUCCUAUUCCUUGAGUGACUUACAAGAACCACCUGGGCUCUGAUUUCAUUGUUAAGGAAAUAGAGGCUAAUCAUUGUAACCCAAGGUUAUAGCAGAAGGUGGGCAGCCACAACUGGAGUUCUCAUCCUCUGAGUGCCAAGCUGUUGCUUAACCUUGCCCCAAAAGUCAAUCUUUCAGCUUUUUCUACAUAGCUACCCCAAGAAGUAAAGAUGGAAUUGAAGAGAGUGGAAGAUUGUACCAGCUUCCAGUCAUUUGGGAAGGGUUGAAUAUAGGAAACCCAACUCCAGCACGCCUCACAAUAAUUCUCACUGAAUCAGUGGUCCUAAUCUCUGAAGUGAUCAUCUUUCCUCCUCUCUCAAAAACAGAGCCAUAAGGAAGGGGCAGGUCUGUCCUAUAGAAAUUCUGGCUCCCUAGGCCUUGCCUCCUUCCCCUUCAUUCUUCUUUCACUUCUGGAGACUUCAGGGGCUGACCCUCUCCCCUGCCUCUCCUCCCCUAGGUCUGACUACCUCGCCAUUCCAUCAGAGAACAAGGAGAAUUCGGCAGUGCCAGUGGAGGAAUAGGAGAAAUGGGGUAUGGCUUGCAGUCAUGAACUAAGACUUGAGAUGGACCGCAGCAGAGGGAGGGGUGGGAUAUGAUCUGGGCUUUAUCCCCACCCCACCUACAAAUAACCACAUACAAGAAGUUGGAAGCCAUGAAUCACCUUCCCUUGGUCUCAUACGUGCCCCUGCCUAAUCCCCAUCCUCAGUAUUCUACCCCAGGGUGAUAAGUAAGGGUUCAGGGAGCCUUUUUAAAAUGCCCCCUCCAUGACCACUUUGCCAUGGCUCUGUAUAUAACACACUUUGGCAAAGUAGCUUUGGACUUGGGUUUGAUGAGAGUUCAUGAUGAGCUGCUCUGUCAUUGGUAGGUGGUCUGAUGUCUGACGGGCCCAGAUUCUUCAGUAUGGAUGAUGCCAACAACUUCCAGAUGGGACCCAGGGACUAUCACUGUUUUCAUCUAUUCUUCAACCAUCAGGCUUUGCUCUAUGGCUCCACUCUGAGCUCCAUACACUGAAGGAUACCUACUUUGAUGGCUAAGUCAAGGGCCCAGCAUCUCACUCUGGGCUCUGUCUUUCCCUGGCCUAAUCUCAUGGCACUGCAAUAGUAGAUAAGACUCCCUUUGCUCUGCACAGCUUUGUAUAAUGCUGGUAGCAACUCCUCUUCCUCUGCUCCUUCAUUACUGUUUACCUGGGUCGGGCCUCCAUUCACUGCUGGACAAGAAGGAACUCUUCUGCUUUCCCCUCACUCCCCUCCUCACAACCACACAAAUUAGAUCUGGUUCCUUUCUACCUCUGUAUGAGAAAGGGCAUCAUGUGGUUGGCUCUAAUGUCUUAGCAAAAGUAGGAUGUUUCUCCUAUCCCAGGAGUGAUCCAAACAAGCCCAGUCUAAAGAGUAGCAUGCACUUAGAUUCCUUGGAGAGACAUUUCUGAAUCUCCUGGACCAUUAGAUUUGGGUCAGAACAGAGUAGCUUUUCUGGACCACAGAUCUAAAAGAAAGGGCAAUGUAUGUUAGAAUAUCUUCUGGAACCUUGAGUCCUAGGUCUGGAUCUCAUCUUAUUCCUUGGCCCUAGGCUUUGCCCAGUUGUUUCCUAAGUAGUAGUUAGGACUACUUAUUAAGGGUUCCUCUUGGCAAUAUUAUCCUUGAUAUGUCACUUACCCUAUCUUUGGUCUUCCUAAUAAAAGUCCAGGGGACUGGGAAGAGGGCUGGCAGCAAAGACUAGUAGCAAUUUUAGUAGCUUUUUAAAGUCAGGUACCUCAUUCCCUGACCAUGAUGGGAAAAUAUGCCCAUUUCUCAACUUCCCCUGGUUUUUUUUUUCCCACAGUGGGAUUUGAAACAAUCAGCCCCUCUCUUGAUAUUGAGAAACAGUAGGGAAUGUUGUUUUAUUUUUCCUGAGUAUUGUGAUUGAUGACCUUUUGCUCCCACCUCCGAGCACUUUUGUGGGUCAGUGUGUUUUACACAGGAUAGUGGAUAUUCAAAGUACAGCAAAGACUUGCAUAGGAUCACAGAGCACUUUGAGGUAGAAAUAGAAUGAGCUUUGGUGUGUUGACUACUGCUUCCUUGGAAUGUUUUCACUUGUAUGAAAAAAACAGAACUAGGCAUUGUGGUGGUCACACCCCCAUCACAUUUGGAGGAUGUGCAGGAGUUAUUGGCCACUCCUAAAGAACUCCAGUUAUAAGUAGCAUCAAUUCUUCAAUAAACACAGAAUGGAUGAAAA